AUGCCUUUCCAAAAAACUUUAAAAACUUCAGCUUAUAGCUCAAGAUUCCAAACUCCUUUCCGUAGAAGACAAGAAGGUAAAACUGAUUACUACCAAAGAAAAAGAUUAGUUACUCAACACAAGGCUAAAUACAACACUCCGAAAUAUAGAUUAGUUGUUAGAUUCACCAACAAAGAUAUUAUUGCUCAAAUUGUUUCUGCUCAAAUCACUGGUGAUGUUGUCUUAACUGCUGCUUAUGCCCAUGAAUUACCAAGAUAUGGUAUAAAACAUGGUUUAACUAAUUGGUCAGCUGCUUAUGCUGUUGGUUUAUUAGUUGCAAGAAGAGCUUUACAAAAAUUAGGAUUAGAUGAAACUUAUCAAGGUGUUGAAGAAGUUGAAGGUGAAUUCGAAUUAACUGAAGCUGUCGAAGAUGCUCCAAGACCAUUUAAAGUAUUUUUAGAUAUUGGUUUACAAAGAACUACUACUGGUGCAAGAGUUUUUGGUGUUUUAAAAGGUGCUUCAGAUGGUGGAUUAUAUAUUCCUCACUCACCAAAUAGAUUCCCAGGUUGGGAUAUUGAAGCUGAAGAAUUAGAUGCUGAAUUAUUAAGAAAAUAUAUUUUUGGUGGACAUGUUUCAGAAUAUAUGGAAGAAUUAAUGGAUGAUGAUGAAGAAAAAUACAGAACUUUAUUCAAAAAUUAUAUUGAUGAUGAAAUUGAAGCUGAAGAUGUUGAAGAAGUUUAUGCUAAUGCUCAUGAAAAGAUUAGAGAAGAUCCUUCUUUUAAACCAACUGAAAAGAAAUUUACUAAAGAACAAUAUGCUGCUGAAUCUAAAAAAUUCAGACAAGUUAAAUUAACUAAAGCUGAAAGAGAUGCUAAAAUUGCUAAGAAAAUUUCAGAAUUUCAAGCUGAUCAAGAAUAA